AUGUCUCCAUCCGCUGGCAUGGUGAGCUGUUUGGGUGUCGCGCUGGUUCUACUGCUGGGCGGUGCGAGCUGCACACCGGUGGAUGUCUCACCAUCCGUGCAGGUGUCCAUCGAAACCAUCCCGGAUAUGGCAGCGUACCGCAAGGCAAAUCCCGAUCUACACCUCGUGCCACUCGCAUCCCGUUCGGCGACCGUGCCGGAGGCCGGCAGUACCCGGCAGGUGAUCACCUAUACCAUCGGACAGCACUCCGCCGGCGAGCGGUUGGUCGGCAUGGCAUCGAACCAGCAGUCGUGGGCGACACCGCAGGACGUUAAGCUCGAACUGCAGUACCCAACGGCCGGCGUUGGUGCCUUCGUCACGUACGUGGAGGUAGUGGUGAAUCAAAGUUCAUCCGCCGGCCGGGGCUACAUCGUGUCUGGUGGUGUGGGUCAACGCAACGUGCGACUGGUGAUCGAAGCGUACGACACAUUCUUUUUCAACUACAACGCCGCCAUCUACGGACGCUAG